AUGACCGUCCUCUGCCGCCUCCGUCACUGCCACCUCUCGACGCCGACACUAUGUCGCCGCUUCCACGACGCGCGCGUUUACAAAGAGGACAAACGAUGGCCAGGCUGGCAAGUCGUCGUUGGCAUUGAAACACACGCUCAAAUCAAAUCGCGCCGCAAGCUCUUCUCGGGUAAGAUCACUGGCACUAACCCUGACGAACCACCAAACAAGCACGUCUCACCAUUUGACGCCGCGUUUCCUGGGACGCUUCCUAAACUCAAUUCAAAAUGUGUCGACCUAGCCAUACGGACGGCUCUUGCUCUCAAAAGUGAUAUACAACAUCGAUCGUCGUUUGACAGGAAGCACUACUUUUACUCUGAUUUGCCUUCAGGCUACCAAAUUACGCAACAGUAUGCUCCAAUUGCACUGAGAGGGCAGCUCAACAUCCAGAUGCCAAAUUCGUCAGCUGUUCCUGUGCGCAUCAAGCAGAUUCAGCUUGAGCAGGACACAGCCAAGUCUACGCUCAACCCUCGCAAACGAAUAUCUAAUAUUGAUCUGAACAGAGCCGGAGCGGGCCUCAUGGAGAUAGUUUCGGAGCCUGAUCUACGUUCACCGGAGGAAGCAGGGAUGUUUGUACGCACACUUCAGGCCGUUUUGCGCGCUAUAGGUGCUAGUGAUGGGAACAUGGAGCAGGGAUCGCUCAGAUGCGACGUGAACGUCUCCGUCAACCGUGUCGGCCGCCCACCCGGCACACGCUGUGAGAUCAAGAAUCUCAACAGUGUCAAAUUUAUGAUGGCUGCAAUAACACACGAAAUCAUUCGGCAGCGCGCUAUCCUUGAAUCCGCGAGUGACCUAGAAACUUGUACUGUCCCCCAAGAAACGCGUGGCUUCGAUGAGAACACCUUCGAGACGUACCGGCUCCGGUCAAAAGAAGAUGCGCCAGACUACCGUUACAUGCCUGAUCCUAACCUAGGUGUUCUUGUUCUAAGCCAGGAUCGGGUCCAAGCUAUCCGCGACUCGCUACCAGAGCUCCCAUGGGAAACGCGCCAUCGCCUCCGAGAGAUGUAUGCUCUCUCUGAACGUGACAUCGACGUACUCCUCAGUGUGGAUAGUGGCCGAGAGGUUACAUUUGAUGGCGAAAAAGACGUCGAUGGCUCAGGAGCUGUGGCGAUGACACACGAGCUCCUCGGUCAGCUUUCGGCGCGCAAAGAGACGUUCACGGAUAACUCCUUGACGUCAGACCAUCUGGGCGAGUUAAUCGACUUGGUACAGAAUGGGACAAUCACAGGAACCUCUGGUAAAUACCUCCUCCGCCACAUGCUCGCGAAACCCUCCUCCCUCCGGCCCGCGCAAAUCACGCAGCAACUCCGACUAACCUCUCUCUCCUCGUUUUCUUCCUCUGGCCAUUCAAACCCCACUUCAACAACUGAUCAGGAACUGACUACUCUUUGCCAAGCUGCGAUCACUGCGCUUCCGAAUGAGGUUGCAGCUGUACGUGCGGGGAACAAAAACGUCAUGAAUAAAAUUGUUGGACGAGUGAUGCGAGAGAGCAGAGGUCGUGCUGAUGCGAAGGGUGUGAAGGCUCUUGUGGAGGAGCUAAUUUUGGGUGGUGGCGACAAAUCAUGA